AACUACUUCCGGGGCAGCCCGUCCCUGAUCCCGGUCCGCCCGACUCGCCAAGAUGGGGAUCCUGGAGAAGAUCGCGGAGAUCGAGAAGGAGAUCGCCCGGACCCAGAAAAACAAAGCUACGGAAUACCACCUUGGUCUGCUGAAGGCCAAGCUUGCCAAGUACAGAGCUCAGCUUCUAGAGCCUUCCAAAUCGGCUGCAGCCAAAGGGGAAGGCUUCGAUGUGAUGAAGUCGGGGGACGCCCGGGUGGCGCUGAUCGGUUUCCCUUCUGUGGGUAAGUCCACUUUUCUGAGUUUAAUGACUUCCACAGCUAGUGAAGCAGCUUCCUACGAAUUCACCACACUGACCUGUAUUCCUGGAGUCAUAGAGUACAAAGGAGCCAAUAUCCAGCUUCUAGAUCUUCCUGGGAUCAUUGAAGGAGCUGCUCAAGGGAAGGGCCGAGGACGCCAGGUGAUUGCAGUGGCCCGGACCUCAGAUGUCGUCAUCAUGAUGCUGGACGCCACAAAGGGCGAAGUGCAGAGGGCUCUCUUGGAAAAGGAGCUAGAAACGGUGGGCAUCAGGCUCAACAAAGAGAAGCCCAACAUCUACUUCAAGCCCAAGAAAGGGGGCGGCAUCUCCUUCAACUCCACUGUGACCUUGACCCAGUGCUCGGAGAAGCUGGUGCAGCUUAUCCUCCACGAAUAUAAAAUCUUCAACGCGGAGGUGCUCUUCAGGGAAGACUGUAGUGCAGAUGAAUUCAUUGACGUGAUUGUUGGCAACCGAGUGUACAUGCCCUGCCUCUAUGUUUAUAACAAAAUUGACCAGAUCUCCAUGGAAGAGGUGGACCGCCUGGCUCGGAGGCCUCAUAGCGUGGUGAUUAGCUGUGGCAUGAAGCUGAAUUUGGAGUACCUGCUAGAAAGGCUGUGGGAAUACCUGGCUCUCACCUGCAUCUACACAAAGAAAAGAGGCCAGAGACCUGAUUUUUCAGAUGCGAUCAUUCUGCGAAAAGGGGCCUCUGUACAGCAUGUGUGCCAUCGAAUUCACCGGACGUUAGCCGACCAGUUCAAGUACGCCCUUGUGUGGGGAACCAGCACGAAGUACAGCCCCCAGCGCGUGGGGCUCAGCCACAUGGUGGAGCACGAAGACGUCAUCCAAGUGGUGAAGAAGUAACCGCCCGUCCCUGUCUCCCCUCUGUAGCGUUUCCGCGCAGCUUAGCUGCAAAGUGUGUAAGAACUCGGCUGCCCCACCCGGCCCAAGGAGGCGGGGCAGGGAGGACGCUUUGCCCCCCAAUCCCAGGAAGGAAGGAGAGGAGAUGCAGCCACGGAGAGGGAGAAGGCCCAGGAGGACCAGGGUUCUCCUCCUGAGUGGGAACCUGGUUUAAGUGGCGCCUGUCGUUCAGGGUCCUCCGAUGGGAGAUGACUCGAGACUGAAUGAUCGUAGCCGCCUGGCUACCUCUGGCCUCAGACUUGUGACCCGGGGAGUCAGAUGUCGGAUCGCGAGUGAGGAACUUGCCUUCCUCCCUUCAGAACUCAGCCUUGCCACCUCUUCUCUGCGGACAGGAAGGAAGGAUCCGCCCGUGGGUGGGAGCCUGGAUUAAUGAGUCCUCUCCCCUCCUCCUCCCUCCCCGCUUCACCAGGUCGUCUCCUGAUAUCCCACAGCCCAGCCCCAGACUUCGGCUCCAGACCCACCCACCCGGCCCCAGGCCCCCUCCUCCCUCCUUCUGCUCAAAUAAAGGAUGCUCCCCACGUCUCUUUGGAACUUC